AUGACGUCACUGCUCUACAUUCUGGCAUCGACUCCUGGAGGUCUGUUCUAUGACGUCAGUGCUGGGACCGUUGCUUUAAUUUCCCUGGAGAAAUGUGUUUGUGUUUUUAGUCCCUUCAAGGCCAAGCAACUCAUCACACGAAAAAGAAUGACGGUUGCACUGGCUUUUGUUUACGCUUUUGAAUUUUCCACCUACGGUUCCAUGUUCUCUAGCACGUACCUGUCCUGGGAGAGUUAUCCUUCGACCAACUCCACACCCAAACUUGUCUUGAUGACAAAAGGCGAUAUACAAACCCUACUUUUAAUGUAUGAAUAUUUGAAUACGCUAUUCUACUUAAUAUUUACCCAGAUUUUGGUGGCUAGUUGCAGUAUGUUGCUGAUCUUCAGUCUGAAUCUUUCCAAGAGAUUUCGAUCACGAGAGUCGAACGUGUAUAAACAUAUGAGCCCCAGGGACAGGAGAGAAGCCCGACUGGUCAAGACAGUCCUCUACAUCGCUGUCUCCUUCUGUCUCAGCAACCAGUUCCUGAUUGUCGUCACUGUCUUGUACCGAUUCGGGUCCGACUUUGGCAGGUCGCCGGUCGAUUCUUUUUUACUGUCGGUGUCGCUGCUAGUGACCACAUUAAACGGUGCCAUCAACAUUGUCAUUUAUUACAACACUAAUUCCAAAUAUCGACGUGUUCUAAAGAAAAUAAUGUGUCGUGAUUGGUCUGGGAUCAUUUAA